UGGGGCCACAGACUCGGGAGUUGGGUCGCUGUUUCCACGCAGUCCUGUAUUUCCACUCGUGUCACAAUGUUUACAGUUAAAAUCUCUUCAUUUAUUGUCUUUACCAGCAUUUUGUGCUUCAUUGUGUCCACAGAAACGCAGACAUCGACUCCUGCUCCAGCUUCGACUCCCUGUGCCUUGAGAUCAAACACCAGUUGUGAUGAAUGUCUGAAGAAUGUGACGUGUUUGUGGUGUAUACCAACCCAACAAUGCAUUGACUACCCAGUGAGGACCAUCCUGCCCUCCAGAAGUGUGUGUCCAUUAAAUGAUGCACGAUGGGGGCUGUGUUGGGUAAACUUCCAGAUUUUGAUAAUCACCAUUUCCGUGCUGGCUGGCAUCAUCAUCAUUUCCAUUUUCGUUUGCUGUUUCUGCAGCUGCAAGUGUGAGAGAAUAGGAAACAAGAGAGAGGACGCAGCGGCAGAUCGACGAACCCGAGCGAGGAAGUCUCGUCAGAAAGUGAAGAGAACAGAAAUGCAGCUGAGGCAUGAUGAAAUCAGGACGAAAUAUGGUCUGGCAAAGGAUAAUCCAUACGCUCGUAUGGACAACAAUUAAGAAGAAUUCCAGCGAUUAUUCCCUCUAAAAAAAAGCCUCUCGAUGAUCUUAUUGACCCCUGUAACAUUAAGAUACAGAUUAUCUCUAUUGUGAUAGGCUGAAUAAGCAUGUGAUAAACUGUUAUUAUCGGAUUUGAUUUUAUUGUGUCAGUUACUUUAAAAAAAAAAAAAAAAUGUUCUGAAAUCCUUUUGACUGAGUGUGCACUAUAUUUCAAACACUGUCCCAUAUGUUAUUUCAUCAUUGUUAACAUUUUUGUGAAGAUACAUAAGUUUUACUUUUCUCAUGCAAUAAGUUUGGUGCAAAUAAUUUCAAUAAAAUCUACUCAGUUAACCUGUAACGGAAACUAAGCACAAACCUGUCAAAACAUGUUAUUCACCAUGACAUGCAAACACUCCAACAAGAAUGCAAUAUUGUUCUGCAUCUCUGCAGCAAAUCAGUGUUUGUGUUGCUUCUAUUAUAACUAGCUGUUUUGUUUUCACAUAUACAUAUUUGAAAUGCACACCAUUUAACUGAUGUCUAUAUUACAACAUUUAUUUUUAUAUCAAGUGUUAAUUUGUAACCUGAAUGUAACAUGUUUUACAUGGUUAAUAAAUGUCUGUAUUAUUCCAGAA